AGUCACAUGUCUUUGUACAGCCGAUCGGAGAAGAACAGCAGGUGGCUCUGCGCAGGCCUUCUGGCCAAAUAGUCGAGUUUUGCUCAAUGUUUUCCGUUGUUUUUGUUCUAUGUAUCUGCAGUUGCACACCUAAUCAAAGAUGCUGCAGUACCCAACAUUAAAAGAUAGGGUCUUUAUAAGCCACAAAAGUAUCCACCUACUUGCACCGACCCAAGUGCAGCGUGGGACAUACAAGGGCUGGACUGAUUCACAAAUGGAGCAGGCCCUCCAGGCAGUGGUUGCUGGCGACGCAUCUAUACGGAGGGCGGCGUUAGAUUAUCAUGUGCCCAAGUCGUCUCUUGGUGACCGCGUUAGCGGCCGAACGGCGCCAGGAACUAAGAGUGGCCCACCACCAUAC